CUGCCAUAGCCCCAUGCAUAGGCUAUCCAUGGCUUGUUGACAGACAAUAAAGGAGGAAAUCAUCGUCCCAUUUGGAUGUGGUGGUCUUGUCACCGUUGCGCACCGUCCCAAGCACACGCCAAGAAACACCGCCGCACACAGCCAUGUCAAUCCAAGGGCGGAUGCGUACCACUCAAGUGUGGACCUGACCAUGACCUGACCAUGACCUGACCCGACAGCAUCCCAAAUCAAGGACCCCUUGUCGUAGUCCCCGCACGGCUAUCCGUCAGUCGGCCAGUCCACCCGUCUUAAGAGGCCACACGCCCAGUAAGUAAAGGCCUCAAUCUCACGGGCAGCAUGUCCGAGGACGUAAGCUGGAGCGCUGCGGCUCAAGAGCCGUUCACUUGCCAAGUGUCGGAUUGGAUUCGCCGCUUGGAUUCCAUCGGCGUGUUCACCCAGGGACACGCCGGACCUUGUGCCAGUGAGUCCAAUGGAGUCGCCUUGCAUCGGUUGAACGAGCUCACCCAAGCCAUUGAAUUGGGAGGCCUGCCCGGCGGUUCGGAAGCGAGGAUCCAGAUGCGGGUGUUGAUUCUAAAACGGCUCCGUGUGCCCAAUGAUCAGGUGGCCGACUUGGCGCACGAGAAUUGGACGAUUUGCCACCGCCAUGUGCGCGCCUUAACCGCCGAGUAUCCCAUGACCAGCUUGUGUUUCGCGUGCCAACGCCCCGGAGACUCGGAAGGCCCGGGUAGCGUGAUUGAGCCGUUGAUGCAGGAUGCCUUGGCUUCGAUUUCGAACCAAGCGGUCACAGGCCAACCCGUGUGCGGCCCUUGUCAAAUGAAGUUGAGUUCGCUUUUGGAUUCCAUCAUUGCUAGCGGGACCUGCUUACCCGUGGAUCUCUUUCGACAAUGCUUGAUCGAUCAAAAGCUGUUUCCCACUCAGUCCCCGCUAACUGCAAGUACGCUUACCCGCAUGGUUCAUGGGCCUCCGUUGGGGGACCUUGACAUGCUCCGGAAUCUCGUUUGGACCACGAUUUCGUUCAGCGAGGCUUUUGCUCUGACCUCUAGUCGUGUCCCCACUCUCAGAUGGAUGAGUCGGAACCGUGGUUUCAGUUCGGCCAACGCAUGGGCGUGGUUUGAUCUCACGGUUCGCGAGUGUUUGGAGCUAUUUCUAACGUGGAAAUCUACCCCUCGGCGAUUCCUGCGGGAAACCCUGAUAGAACAUUAUAGACGUGCAGGUGUAAUCCAAGAUUGGUCAGAGCACCGCAUAUGCGCUCAAUUGUGUCUGGGCAUUUUUGAGAAGGUAGAAAAUCUGUACGUGAUGAGCGUGGACAAUGAAAAAAAGACGGGGUUUUGGUCCAAGAUGAAAAUAUUCCUUUCGUUGAGGUUAGCUCAGGUGAUUUAUGUUCCCAAGGACGCCGAGGAGUCGGAUUCUCUCAUGAGCGUGAUUUAUCAAGAAGACCGUGACGAUUCUCGUCCAACCACGUUGUGCCUUUCCUGUCCGGAUUUGGAGUGUCAGAGUUGUCGAGAGCUGGUAGAACGACCCUAUUUCUCCGCUCAUCGGCGCAUUAGUAAUCCCCCUCCAGAAGAGGACACCCGUCUUUCUGUUUUUUUCACGUGCCAGUUCAACCCAACCGAGCCCAACUUGAUCUCUCAGUCUGGUCGGAUUCCGUCACUAAGACUAUUGGCCGUCGGACUCAAUCAAAAGACAAAACCCAAAGUCAGUCCCAAGAUGCAGCAACAAGUGACCAUUGCAUUGGUUCUCGAUUUUUUCUUGACUUACUCAGCCAAUGAGCCGAAAAAGCGAUCAUCCCAUCAAUGUCAUCUGCUCUACAUGGACUUUCGAUACCGGCAACUGUUUUGCAGUACUUCUAAGGAGAGGUUCCUCGACAAAGUGAUUUCGGUUCGAGCGCGGAUCGAACAACUAACCAAGGUGUCUCAAAACGGAACCGCUCAAACCAUUGAGGGUGUAGCAAAGAAACUCCGCAAAUUACUUUUGACGCCCUUUUCCUGUAGUGAGCCUAUUGAUGAGCCAAGCCGUCAAGGGUUCCUAAUAUCCACGCUCCCUUCACUCGGUUUGUCCUUCUCCGCUAACGGUUUUCUGAAGACUGAAUACCUGUGCUGUUCAUGUGCAACUUUGGCUUGCACUGGGACGUGUUUGAUUCCAUUAGUGCCUUUAAAUGCAACUUUAACUUGUUGCGACAGAAAUCAACCGCCAUUAAUUCCAAUUCAUGUGUCAAAAAUGGAACCAUUGCUGAACAAGCGGUCAAAUCCGAAUGAAACGUCCCAUGAGACAGAGAAAGUUAUGUUACACAAUCAUGUGAUUUCUAAUGGUGCAAAUAAUCAGAGACCCUCGUUCUACUCUCGGUCUGCCGAGCUUGUCCAAAUGUACCUGAAUCCUUGCGAUUUGAAUGGAAUCCUGGAGUAUCUUAAUUGUCAGCCUCUCGAGGAUUCGGUAUCAUGGCAAGUGUCGAGGAUCACCGAUGAUGAGAUAUUGUUUCAACGUAAGGACAAAGAAGUGCGAGCCGAACUUCAAAAUAUUGAAAGUUCAUAUACCAAAUGUUGCUUCCGCGGAAACGCCUUGAGUGCUUUCGAGGACGAAAUUCUUCCCUCUCUGCUUAAAGUCACCUCUAGCUACUUAGUGAGUGAUGGAGAUUUGGAAUUAUUCAAACAUAUCCCGAAUCAUGUUAAACAGACCUAUCCUACACUCACCAAUGGCCAUUACCCAAAAAUGGAGACUCAAGAUCACUUCGUCUCGGAGGAGGAUGUCAAAAUUGAAACCCUUGAUUUCCAUUCCAUGGUGGAAGAUCAUCUCUCAUUAGGAGAUCUCACCGACCAACUGAUUCCGGAGAACACGGACGAUCCAGGAUUUAGGCUGAGCGUAUCACCUAAUCCCAAAAACCACACACCUUUUGAAGACGGGUUUUCUCGUGGCUGUGACACACCUCCGCCGCCUUUGGAAGAUUCGAUUGCACAUCAUUCUUUUCUGGGGAAGUUAGAAGAGUGGCAUGAAAAUUGCGAUGAUCACCCGCAAGACAAUAGGUUAAAUCAAUGUCCAAAAGGAGAACAACUUAUGCUAGUUGUGCCUCCAAUCAUGAAGAAACCCAAAGUCGAGCCUGUUGUGUCCAUACAUUCGUCAACAGAUUCCGUCAAGAUGAACGACCAAGUCGUUAAUUUUACGCUCAGUAAAACGGAUAAUAAAAAGGCGAUCGGACAGCACGCAGUGGUGUGCAAGAUCGGUCGUUUUGCCUGUCCCAUUUGCGGGACCAUCUACAGAUUGAAUCAGCCGUACGGGAAGCACGUGGCCAAUCGAGAUUGCACGAAAACCAAGCAUGAGAAACGAACGCCCUCUCGGGAUGAAUUCACUCUCCUGUACGUGAUGAUCCAUCCUGGGCGAGAGGGCACCGACAGCACAAUUGGCUACGGCAGAGUUCCGAGCCUUCGAUUGCUUUGUCGCGGGAUUCAAAUGAACAGUCCAUGCAUCCCGCCAAGUCGGUUGCCGCCAUUGACCAACAAAGAGUGCCUUGAGAUCAAUUUUUCUCUUAAACGAAGCGAUAAAGCCUUCGAGAGAGAGGAGAGAUGGAAAUACCUCACUCAGCGCCAUAUCUUCCAUCACAUUGGAAAUUGUGUCAUGUUCCUGAAUUUGGGGAACAACGUGCUCAAAGUGGUUGACAUGCUGGAGAAAAAAAUCAAGGCCGCAAAGGCCAAAUCUAACCUACCCCUUGUUCAGCAAUGGAACGACAAGUUGACCACAUAUCUGGGCAUUCCUUUUCACGAUAACUUAAAUAUAGCCAAGGUGGGAAAAUUUAAGGCGUACGAGUACCCGUCUUUCGAGGGAGCAUCCGUCAAGGUGCUGUGUUUGAACUGUCCUCAAAACGAUUGCUAUGGCUGUGCUGAGAUGGGCUCAGGUAGAACGGCGACGUCAAAAAAGACCAGCACACAACCGGGAGCAAAUAAGAAAAAGAAGAAGAAGCUGGUCUUGAAAAGAGGCAAUAAACACCAAAGAGACUAUUACGCAGCCGUGGGCGUAUGGAAGACCAAGGCCAAGCUCAAGGAGGCGCGCCAGUCUGUGGGUCAGGUCCUAGGUUAUAGACGCGUCGCUACCUACUCCGAGGUCAUUAAUCACGAACUGAAACUCCGGGCAGCUCUACAAGGUGGCUGUGGGCCGUCGAACGUUCCAAAGUCUCUUUUGGCCGCCUCUACCACCACCUCUGCUAAGCCUGGUCCGAAGUCGAAGAAGACCAGAACGAAUAAAGUUCGGUCCAAACCCUCCCUUGGUGGAUCACCGGCAUCUGUGACAAACGGAGGUGGUUCUGUCCUUGCACCUCCUGACGGGCAUGGGCAUGAGGUGUCGAUUAUAAACUCCUUAUCGAAUGACGAUCGUCAAGAAAAGCGACAAUCUCAACGUCAUAAUCAAUAUGAACAGGACCCGGAACAACACAUUCAGGGACUGGACCAACAUAUUUAUGGGCACCACAAUCAUCAAUAUGAGUAUGCCUCUGAUAAUGGGACAGACGAUUAUUCUCAUGUUUUCAUGGAACAAGCCCCUCCCCUUAUGUCACAUCCUUCUUCAAACCUUUCCAACGAGCUCCAUCGAACGAAUUCCCUCAAUGCAUCCAACCAACAGAGCUCAAUAUCGCAUAAUCACGUUAUGCCAUCUUGGAUGUCAUCAUCUCCGUAUAAUGACCACUUUGAGCAACCUGAAACCAGAUUUCAAAAUGUGGGAAUGGACACGAAUGAAUGCAUUUUACCGGAUUAGUGAAGCAGAUUCCAUCCAGUUUUCGUGACUAUUUCCAGUCAGUUUUCUAUCAAUAAAUAUGAAAACACUUAA